AUGACAAGGCUUGACAAGAUACCACAGCGGCUCGACGCCUGGCUUGAUCCUUCCCCCAAGGGUUUCACUUCCGACAUCCUGGCAAGGAAACGUUAUGUGGUUUUGAUCAUUCCACUAGUGUUCGUUAUCGUGUCGCUCAUCGUGGGCUUCUCUCGUCUUCAGCUUAUUGAAGUGCAUCAGAGGCCACCAAAAACGUCCAAGCUGCACUAUCUUGUCCCUUCGAGCUUCGUCAAUGAUCCCGUUUGCGCAGGUAUCAUCUCUGCUCUUGUCAACCGUUACCCCAUCCCAACUCUUAUCGGGUACAAAGGCGAGAAUGAAUUCGACGCUGUCGACCACCUGGCCAAGGUUCGUGUCAUCAACAGGUUCUUGAAAACUCUGCCUGCGGAGGAUGACGACCUGGUCAUCAUCGUCGACAGUUUUGACGUCUUGGCCCAGCUCCCCGUCGAGGUCACGCUUGAGCGCUACUUUGCGAUGUCGGCUCGUUCAGAACAACAACUGGCCGACCAGCGAGGGAUCACCGUCGACGAGCUGCACGAUCUCGGCAUUCGUCAGUCCAUCCUUUACGGCACGGGAAAGAUAUGUUUCGAUGCAAACCCGAACGAGCCCUUGUGCCCCUUUGUGCCUGGUUCAAACUCUGCUCGACAAAAGUUCGGCGUCAUGACUGGAGGAUUCAGUGACCCACGCUACCGAGACUCACGGUAUCUGAACUCUGGUACCAUCAUGGCACCUGUAGGCGAUCUGCGCAAGUUCAUGCAUGCCGUGCAGGAGCUGGUCGAAGCUGACGACGUCAUCGUUCCCCUCAAUGUGACCAGUAAUGGACGCUUCAGGCAUCACAUGGACCAGUGGUUUACCGCCACUCUUUACGUUCGCCAGGAGUACCACAGAGCUCUCGACAUGAACGAUGGAAAUUACCCUGGUAACUUGACCGGUGUCUCUGACCUCCCGAAGCCGAGAGAGAGCGCAAACGAUACGACUGAGUACCACAUCUUUGUUGAUUUCGACUCUUCCUUUACCCAGACGCAGUGUCACAACGAGCUCGAGAUUCAUCAGCUGACGUACAGCAACCACGACCUCACGUCGUCCGUUGCUAAAGACUUCAUGAACGAGGGCAAGGCAUUCAAACCGCAUGCUAUACAAAUGCCAGCAAGUAUUUACCAAGCCUUUGGUCGCGUCUGGGACAAGCUGUCACAUCUAAGAUGGACCGAGACGACAUGCGACCACUCCAUUCAGGCCUGA